GGACGACAGUGCAAUGCGGUGUGCUUCGUCGAGAUGCACAAGAAAGCAGCGGUCGAGCAGGGCAUCCGCACGGAGGUCGCCAAGGACGGUGGCGAGGCCAUCUUCGUCCUGAAGCACCUGGCAGCCACCUCCUGGGAGCGCAUGCUGGGCGAGUCGCAGUGUAAGGCCUUCCGGGCGGCCACCCUGCACCUCCAGCGGGGGAACCUCGUCGUCGUGACGGCGCACCUCUUCCCUGGCGACACGCUGGGGGGCGCCAACGCCGAGCGCCUUCGGUCGGUCGGGCACUUCGUCACGACGCUCGCCGACCCGUGGGUCAUCAUCGGAGACUGGAACCUCAGCACGGAGCAGCUUCAGGCCUCCCAGUUCAUGCAGCUGGUGGACGGCAUCAUCGUCAAGCCCGACGUGGACAUCACGUGCUCCACGGCCUCGGGCUCGUCGCUCAUCGAUUUCGCGGUGGCCAAGCGCGGCUUCGAGGCCUUCUUGCAGCUUCGCGCCUGUCUGCAGGUGCCCUGGAAGACGCACGUGGGCCUGGAGCUGGACAUCGCCAGCGGCCGCGAGCAGUGGUGGCACCAGGUUCUAGCGGUGCCGCGGGCCCUGCCGCCCCUCGAGCGCCCUCGCAGAGCGCCGCUGGAGGGCAGCAAGCGGGCGCGCAGGAUGCUGGCGCAGAGGCGGCGGCGCAGGGGUGACCUCGACCCGAACCUGCGCGCCGCCUUCGACGACCUGGCCAAGGGCGUUGAGGUUGCCAGCUCGCAGGGCCCCUCGGAGGUGGAGGUGGCCUUCCACAUCCCUCCUGAAGCCUGGGACCUGGCGGCUUGUGCAGUCGCAAGCCAGCCGCGCGCGCCGCCGCGCGUUGGCGAGGCAUGGGCUGUCCCUGCGGGCUCGGGGGUCGGGGCGGUCAACGACCUCUACGGCCGCUGGGUGAGCGCGCUGGAGGAGACGGUGCUUCAGGUCGAGGGCGCGGACGACACCACGCGCAGGCUGCUGACGCCGCGCAAGCACAACUCCGACCACCAGCAGCGGCUCACCACCGUGGAGACCAUUGGGAGGAUGAUGGAGCAGGGCGAGAGCCAGCCCAAGGACGUCAUCUUCGGGAAGCGCAUGUGCACGGCGGACGUGAAGGCGUGGACGGCGGCGGUCCACUCCAGCACUCGCGCCGCAGCGGAGCUGGAGGAGCUGGGCGCCGUGGUCGAGCGCACCCGCGAGCUGGUGCAGCGGGCUUUCGCGCGCAGCUUGGCUGCUGCUGGCCAA